GCGGCUGCUGCGGGGAGGCUGGGCAGGGUUAGGAGCGAAUUUAGAGGGUCAUGCCGCGGGGUCGUCUCUGCGCCUGCGCUGCUCCGGAAUGCAGAACCUUGCAGUGCUGCUGUGGCGCCGGCUCCUGCGCAAGCGCUGGGUGCUCGCCCUGGUUUUCGGGCUCUCGCUGGUUUACUUCCUCUGCAACACCUUCAAGCAGGAAGAGAGGGCGGUAAGAGAUCGGAACCUUCUCCAGGUUCAAGACCGUGAGCAGCCCAUUCCAUGGAAGGUCCAGUUUGACCUGGGCAACAGCAGCCGCCCCACCAACCAGUGCCGAAACUCUGUUCAAGGGAAGGAUCUCAUCACGGACGAGCUGGGCUAUGUCUGCGAGAGGAAGAACGUGUUGGCGAGCGGCUGCUGCGAUGUCAGGGUCCCCAGCACGAAGCGGUACUGCUGUGAAGGCUGCUUGGUCAACGGUUGCUGCGAAACCUACGAGUACUGUGUCUCCUGCUGUCUGCAGCCCAGCAAGCAACUUCUGCUGGAGCGCUUCCUCAACCGGGCAGCUGUGGCCUUCCAGAACCUCUUCAUGGCAGUUGAAGACCACUUCGAACUGUGCUUGGCUAAGUGCAGGACUUCGUCGCAGAGCGUGCAGCAUGAGAACACGUACCGUGACCCCAUAGCCAAGUACUGCUAUGGAGAGAGCCCACCGGUACUCUUCCCCGCGUGAGGCCUGAUGGAGAGACACACGCAGAACCGGUCUGGUCCACGUGAGAUAAUGAAGGAGAAAGCCACGCGAGGACCCUUGGUUUUGAGCAUGUCCUGUGGCAUCCAUUGUCUCUGGCUCCCUCACCACCAGCUGAAGCAGACAGAGCUGUUCUGUAGAGCAGGCCCUGUGAGGCCCCGGCACCUUGCCCUGCCGUGGUUACAGCGGCGGGGCCAAGUGUUCAUCCCAUGUUGCAGUUACUUAAUGACGUCUCAGAGUGUGGAAGGUGCACUGUUUUGUGCAGGACACCUUUGCCCGUCCAGUUGGAUACACUCGAGGAGGCGACUGCUGUGCGUGGUCCCUCACUGUCACAAGUGAUGUCGUUGCCGCGCCAGACCCAAGUGUGUCUCCAGGAGUGUGGGUGUACGGACUUACUUUUGGUUGUUUUAACACCUGGCCAGCAGGCCUUGUAUCCAUAACCCAACAUCUAGGGGUGUGUAGAGCCUCAGGGAGGUACUGGUCCCCACUGAGCCUGCGUAGAGCUGCCCUGGUGUGCUCAUAUCCCUGAAAUGGUGGUCGGAGGCCUGGACCCCCCAUGACUCUCCCAGUGGAAUUUGCUGUCACUGUGCCCAUGUUGAAACCCCUCCGCCUCGGGGCAGGGGAGCCUUUCCCUUGUCUAUCACAGAAGCCGGUGGGGACCUGGUGAA